CACCCUGCUGAGUCCAGUAGUCAGGAGCAGCCAGAACAUGCGUUACGGACCAGAGACCGUAACGGUUUUGUUUAUUUCGUCCAGUACUGUAUUUGACAGGUUGUGGCCUUGUGGAUCCGUUGUGUAUGAGCCACAACAGCCAAAAUAAAUCGCAUUUUUCCACGCUCAUUCCGCGCUUGGUUUAACAAAAUGAACGAAAAUUGCCGACUUUGUCUAGCAGAAUUGGAAAUUACUUCAGUCGCCACUCCAAUUGGUGACGAUGGGUUUCGUGAAAUAUUAGAUAGAGUCUUCAAAUUUACGAUCUUUGCAGAUGAAACGGAUCCUGGACAGGCUUGCCAACCGUGCCACUCGUUGGUUUCCCAGUUCUAUGAGUUUAGCCUUCAGGUGGAGGAAAACCAGCAACAGCUAUGGACCCAGCACAGGGAAGGCAAAAUCGAGGAUGUGAAAGUGGAACUUGAUACCGAGAACCACUUGUUCUAUCAUGUGGACGUGGAUGAUCUACCACCGGCGUCCGUGAAGCAGGAACUUGCGGAGCACUGUGGAGACAACGAUGGGGAUAUCGGUGAUGAGGAUAUGGAUAAUGACGACAAGAAUGAUUCUGAUUAUCUCCCCAAAACAGAGGAUCCUCAAAUACCGGACGGACACGAUGUGGAGGAACAUGUUGCGACUAUUGUCGCUGCGAAUGUCAGGAAAACGAAAAGAAUCAAGCUUAGAAAACGUCACCCUCGUAUGGCAAAGGAUGAUAAACCUAUCCCUCAGCCGGAGCCUGAAACAGAAAUGGAUCCGGAAACGGAGAAAGAGGACACUGAGGAGCAGUCGAAACAAAAUGAGGAUGAUCAGCGCAUUAAGGAGUUUUAUAACCUAGACUGUGAAUUAUGCUCAGCGAAGCUGGAGAACCUCGCCACUCUACAGUCACAUUAUCGACGGAAGCAUGAAAUCAAAGGCUACAUUCGGUGCUGCGAUAAACUGUUUUAUCGCCGAUUCCAGCUGCUGGACCACAUGGCCGCUCAUCAGGGAACGAUAAGAUGUAAAAUAUGUAACAAAAGCUACAAAAGCAGCCGAUAUUUGGCGCUGCACACGAUGAAAAGCCACAGCAAGGAGGAAGAUCGUCCGUUCAAGUGCACCAAGUGUCGCCAGUCGUUUCACAAAGAGCAUCUCCUGAAAGCGCAUCAGGCGAAUCACUUGUCCGAAAAGUGUCCGAUCUGCGAAAAAGUGGUGUCGUCCAAGUACGCACUGAAAACACAUGUAGCUCACAUGCAUGGUAACGAUGGUAACCAUAUUUGUGACGUGUGUGGUAAAGAGUUCCGCACGAAGCAGGCCAUGGAGCGGCACAUCAACGAGCACCUGGGACUGGAAGUGGUGCAGAAGGUACAGUGUCACGAGUGUAACCGCUGGUUCCACGGCAAGUACAAUCUCCGGAAGCACAUUCGCUUCAUGCAUAUCGAAGACGGGCAGGUGUUUCGUUGCGAGAUCUGCCAGCACGAGAGCCCAAACAGUCGGGCCCUCUUGGAUCACAAGAAGCGCGUACACGUGGACGAAAAGUUCGAGUGCGAGUUUUGUGGCAAGCGGUUCAAACGAAAGCUAUAUCUACGUGAGCACAUCGCAUCGCACACCGGUAAACCGCUGUACUCCUGCGAAGUUUGCGGGGCUACUUUCAAUUCCAAUGCAAACUGUUACAACCACCGCAAAAUCAGGCAUCCCGCUGAAUGGGAAGCUCGCAAGCAGGCAUUCCUGGCAGCGCAGCUCAAAAGUCCAACCACUGAGCCCAAGAAGGACUCCAUUAUUGCAAGCGAUUCGCUGCCGGUUCACGUGUGCGAUGCUUGCGAGAGUGCGGUAACCGAUUUCCAUUCGUACUGCAAGCAAGUGGAAGCCAACCAAAAACGGCUGCACGAGACUAUCCAGGACGAGCCAACUUCGCUGGAAAAUGAUACAACCGAGCCGACAUAUGAUACGGAAUUUUUGGACUGUGAACUUAGGGGCGAGUCACCUCACAGCCCUGACGGUGGCGACAUCGAGACGCAGAAAAGUGUUGCAAAUGACGCGAUGAUGCUCAUGAUUUCAUGCCAAAAAGCUCUGGAAAAGUCGGACGAUGAACCAGUAAUCAGUUUAAAACAGGAAGCCGAAUCAGAAUCGGAGCUCGAAAGCGAAAGUGAGCCGGAUGCAGAACGACAGCCAGAUGAGGAAGACCGAACCCAUAAGCCAUCGACAAUAGUGAAAGCCCGCACAAGACGCGAGGCCGAUAGAAAGGCGGAUCAGGAGAUCAAAAAGUUUUACAAACUGGAGUGCGAGAUUUGUUCCAUUGCACAGAGUGACUUCACGAAACUGUUGGCGCACUACCAGAGCCAGCAUGGCACUCGCGGCUACAUGCGCUGCUGCAAUAAACAGUUUUUCUAUCGCCACGCCAUUGUGGAGCAUAUAGAGAACCAUCGGGGUGACAUUAGGUGUGAAAUUUGCCUUAAAACGUACAAAACGCGUCGUUAUCUGGCCCUGCAUUUCGCUAAAAGCCACGGCAGCGAGGAGGAUCGUCCAUAUAAAUGUGCCACCUGCGGUUCCAGCUUCCCGAAGGCGUACCUUCUGCGGGCGCACGAAUCGCUGCACGUACAGGAAACGUGUCCGAUCUGCAAGAAGGUCCUGUCUAGCAAUCAUGCACUGAAGGUGCACAUCUCGCAGAUGCACACGAACGAUACGCACCACAUAUGCGCUACCUGCGGUAAAACAUUCCGGACAAAGAUAUCGAUGGAUCGCCACAUGAAGGAGCAUCUGGGGUUACCGUGUGAGGAGAAGGUACAGUGUGCGCAGUGCAACAAGUGGUUCCAUGGUAAGCACAACCUCAAGAAGCACGUUCGAUUUAAGCACACCGAAGUUGGGCAGCUGUUUCGGUGCGAAAUAUGCCAGCACGAGAGCCCCAACAGCCGGGCUCUAUCGUAUCACAAGCAGCGCGUACACGUCGAGGAGAAUUUCGCGUGUGAGUACUGUGGCAAACGGUUCAAACGCAAGUUGUAUCUCCGCGAGCACGUUGCAUCGCACACCGGCAAUCCACUCUACACUUGCAACAUCUGCGGGCUCAAAUUCAAUUCACACGCGAACCAUUUUACGCAUCGGAAAACGAAACAUCCGGUGGAGUGGGAGGCGCAAAGACGGUUGAAAUCAGCGCAGGAGAUGAGCAGAGAUACCGUAACACUGGAUAAUGUGGUGUAGAUAAGACCAGAGUUCGUUCAGUUUUUAUUUAAGUUUUCAAGUCAACAUUUUUAAAAUGAGUUUUACUUGGUUCAAUAAGUUUAAGUCAACGCGUUAGUGAGUCCCAUUAGAAUAACUGUUAUCGUGAAAUAUCCAAUGCCAAAUAAACUCCUCAUAAAU